ACAGAAGAGGCUGCAUGUUGUCUGUUGGAAGAUGUUCGCAGCCUGCAACAUUUGCAUCGCGUCCCGCCUCCAAGGCGUUGGAGGAGUGUCUGCUGCUGCUUAAAGUAUUUCAUCAGAGAGCGGGGGGAUGCUCUCAGCAUCAUCGAUGGCCCAGCCACGGGGGGAACUGACACAGUGGCCUCUAGAGUAGAGCUGUGAGACAGAGUGACCCCAUCUACACUUCUCUAUUAGGUCACAAGAACAACAAAAAGGCAGCCAUGCCCCCACCGGCUGACAUUGUAAAAGUGGCGAUUGAAUGGCCAGGUGCUAAUGCUCAGCUUAUUGAGAUGGACCAGAAAAGACCUUUGGCCUCAAUUAUUCGUGAAGUGUGUGAUGGCUGGUCUUUGUCAGGCUCAGAACAGUUUGCCCUACGGUAUGCUGAUGGUCCUCAGCUUUAUAUCACUGAACAGAGUCGUGGUGACAUUAAGAACGGGACCAUCCUUCGGUUAGCCAUUUCUCCGGCUCGUGCUGCUCGUCAGCUCCUGGAGCGAAUCCAGUCCCAUGGGAUUGAUGCUCGGCUGGAAGCUCUAAAGGAGCUGGCCAAGCUGUCGGCGGACCCCACAUUUGCCACAGAGUUCAUCAACAUGGAGGGGAUUGGGACUCUGGCCCGCCUGGUUGAGAGUGGCACACACUUUGGUGAAAUGCUGGCCUUUACUCUUACUGCAUUCCUGGAGCUAAUGGAUCACAGUAUUGUAUCCUGGGAUCUUAUUUCCUUGUCCUUCAUCAAGCAGAUUGCAGGCUAUGUAAACCAGCCCAUGGUGGAUGUGUCCAUCCUGCAGCGUUCUCUGGCCAUCCUGGAGAGCAUGGUACUCAACAGCCAUAGUCUCUACCACCGAGUGGCGCAGGAAAUCACCGUGGGACAACUCAUCGGGCACCUGCAAGUGUCAAACCAGGAGAUUCAGACCUACGCCAUCGCCCUCAUCAAUGCUCUUUUCCUCAAGGCACCUGAGGACAGACGGCAGGAGGAAUACACUAACCCGCUGGAGCAGCACCUCACUGAAAUGGCAAGCACUUUGGCCCAAAAGCACCUGCGAUCCAUCAUACUAAACCAUGUCAUAAGAGGGAAUCGACCAAUCAAAGCAGAAAUGGCACAUCAGCUGUAUGUGCUGCAGGUGUUGACCUUUAAUCUUUUGGAGGAACGAAUGAUGACCAAAAUGGAUCCCAACGACCAGACCCAAAGAGAUGUCAUUUUUGAGCUGCGCAAGAUUGCCUUUGAUGGAGAAAAUGACCCCACUGGUACAGAAAAGAGAAAGGCGAUGUAUGCUAAGGAUUAUAAGAUGCUAGGUUUUACAAACCACUUGAACCCUGCUUUGGACUUCACUCAGACUCCUCCAGGGAUGUUGGCUUUGGACAACAUGCUGUACAUGGCCAAGGUCCACCAGGACACGUACAUCCGGAUUGUCCUGGAGAACAGCAGUCGGGAGGAUAAGCAUGAAUGUCCCUUCGGUCGAUGUGCUAUCGAGCUCACUCGGGUACUCUGUGAGAUACUCCAAGUUGGAGAAUUGCCUAAUGAAGGCUGCAACGACUACCAUCCUAUGUUCUUCACCCAUGACCGUGCUUGGGAGGAGUUCUUCUGCAUCUGCAUUCAACUGCUCAAUAAAACCUGGAAGGAGAUGAGGGCCACUGCUGAAGACUUCAAUAAGGUGAUGCAGGUGGUCCGAGAGCAGAUCACCAGGGCUCUGGCUAUGAAGCCUUCGUCUUUAGACCAGCUGAAGAACAAGCUGCGAGGUCUCAGCUACUCAGAGAUACUGCGGCUUCGACAGUCUGAAAGAAUGAGCCAGGAUGACUUCCAGUCUCCGCCUAUCAUUGAGCUGCGAGAGAGAAUCCAGCCCGAGAUUCUGGAGCUCAUUAAGCAGCAACGACUCAAUCGGCUGUGUGAGGGCAGCUGUUUCCGAAAAGUGGGGAACCGCCGAAGGCAAGAGAAAUUUUGGUUCUGCAGACUCUCUCUGAACCACAAAGUGCUGCACUAUGGGGACUUGGAUGAAUCACCUCAGGGUGAAGUGCCUUUUGAGAUGCUCAGCGACAAGAUUCCUGUCUCUGACAUCAAGUCUGUGGUGACCGGGAAGGACUGCCCUCAUAUGAAGGAGAAAAGUGCUCUGAAACAAAACAAGGAGGUGCUGGAGUUGGCCUUUUCUGUCCUCUAUGAUCCCGAUGAGACGCUCAACUUUGUUGCACCAAACAAGUAUGAGUAUUGCAUUUGGACGGAUGGCUUGUGCGCGCUGCUGGGCAGAGAGAUGGGCAGUGACCUGACGCGCAGCGACCUGGACACGCUCAUCAGCAUGGAGAUGAAGCUCCGUCUUUUGGACCUUGAGAACAUCACAAUCCCAGAGGCUCCUCCCCCUGUUCCCAAGGAGCCGAGCUCUUAUAAUUUCACAUACAACUACAGCUGAGAUGUGUGAUUGUAAAGAACGUCGGUGAUGGGCAAGAAUGUGCAUAGUAAAAAAUUCCGCAGCAAGUAUGACGUUCAAAAACAGUGGAACCUCAGUUUUCGUACACCCCGGUUUUCAUAUCAUUUGGUUUUCGAUGGAAAUUAUUGCUAAAAGUAUGCUUCGGUUUUUGCACAGUCUCAGUUAUCGUGCGACCAAACACUGCGUCUGACAAACUAGUCCCUAGAAUUGAGUCCCCGAACAAAGCAUCCACACGUUGGUGACUCUGUCUCUGUGAAGAAUGGACCGUGGUUCUUCUAGAGUUGGGACACUAUAGACAGAUUCCGUCCAUGGAAUUCUGUAAUCAUCUUUAGUAUGCACUGAAUCUUUAAAAAAAAAUGAAAUACAGCUGCAAAAAAAGUUUGAUAAAGGUGAGAAACACUAUUGAAUUCAAGAAAGAACUCGUAGCAAAGUAAGAAGGUAGCAUCUGUUACAAUAGGAUUGCAGUAUAAAGGUUCCUAGUUAAAGCAGUUUGCAGAGGGAAUGGUUUAAGGCAGUGGUCCCCAAUCCCCGGGCCGCAGGUCAUUUGGUACCGGGCCGCACAGAAAGAAAAAAAUAAUUUCCAUUAUUUCUUUUUUUUUUUUAAAAUGUUUUAUUUUGAAAAGUGGCCGGAUUCUCUCUGUUACAUCAGUCUCACUUGACGCAUGUCCAUUGUGCGUGUGCUAACUUUAUCUCAUGCCGCACAGAUAGACUACUACUGUAUUUUUACCAUUUUUCUUUCACCUCAUAUUUGGUCUCAAAUGCUGAUACUAUGUGGGAAUGCAUAAAGGUAAGUUUUGAUGACUUAUUGAGUGCUAAUGUGCACAUUUGUCUCAAGUUAAUUCAUGCUAGCGCACUGCCUUUUACCACACACGUCAAACAGCGAUGUAAUAAUCUCGCUGGAAAAACUUGGCUGGAACUUGAACUGGUGGAUGGUGGGUCGGCAUUCAUUUUGUGCUUUUAAUUCGAUGUUAUUCAUGUCUUAGUUUUACACAAUACAUAAUAAAUAAGAUAAAUUAGAUCGCUAUAAUGUACGAACGCCCCAUGUACCAUGUACUGUAUAUGUGUGACGCUUUGUUUUCUGUAUGUAUAACUAUGAUUGUUCUCUAUGAAAUGUUUUGUUUGGGAAUAUUGUUGGGUGUCGGGAACAGAUUAAUUUGAUUUACAUUUCUUUUGGGAAAAAAAUGACUCGUCGUCUUUCAUUUUCAGUGUUCGUUGGACCUUUUGGAAUGGAUUAAUGAUGAAAACCGAGGUUCCACUGUACUUUAAUGUGUUUCUCUGUUUACAAUGCUUUGUAUGACUGGCAUCAUCUGAGCCUACUACACUUUAACAUAGUGCCAUUGUGUGUGUGUGUGUGUGUGUGUGUGUGUGUGUGUGUGUGUGUGUGUGCGCGCGUGUUCACAGUUUCAGCUCGACAUCCCACCUGGUUUUUAUUAUUUCCAAACACUGACACCUACUUUAUUCAAAAGUGUGAAUGAUAGGAACCUCUUUUGUUGAAUCAAAGCAUUAAUCACAAACUCAUUGUUUGUUCUGUCUGCAGGCAAGCAACACACACAAUACUACAUUAUGAAUAUCUUUAUGUAACGAUUCCAACCACUAGCAAUCAUGAGUCAAUGAAUUUAUUGUUGUAUAUUUGAACUACUGUUUACAUGUAGUGGAUACUGGUUGUAAGUAUUUCUAUAGAUGUCACAAAAAUAGGAUUCAAUUUUUGGCAGUCAUCGUUAGUUACUUGCAAAGCUGAUUGAUUAAUUGUCACUGACAUUACCAGUCAGUGUUAAAUGGGGGGGUUUGAGGAUAGUGUUAUCUUUUUGAGUUAUUUUCUAGUUUUAUCUGACAUUUACCACGCUUUUGAAUGAGCUCGGAACUGUCUAAUACGGAAACAGUAAUGAUAUCAAGGUACUUAACUUGCAUUUGUCUGACAAAACCUUGAAAUAUUAUUAGUCAUCGUGUAAUACCCUGCCAGCAGAAUCUAGUAGGAAUCACGUCAAUGAUGUCAUUUGUCUAUGCUGAAUAGAAUUAUAUUUUUGUAAGUUAUUGUACAAUGUGAGAAGAAUGGGUAUUGAAGUGACAUAGCAUUACUUUGCAUAACUUGGAUACGGUGUUUUUGGCAUGCUAAUUGUUUUUAAAUAUUUACCAUGCUGCGUUUCACACUGCCAGGAAGGAUUGUGGACCACCUUUCCAAAGCAUAAGCCCCUCAUUUUAGCUGUUUUGAAAAUAAUUAAUUUUACUAUCAGUGUCGGAAUAGGCACUGUCAGGCGAUGAUGUCAAAGUUCAGUGUGCCCUGUAGAGCUGAAGGGAAUUACAAAUCUCAGUACUAUUGAGGCAGUUUGUGAAAAGAAAUAUGUCUGUUUUUAACUACUCAUGAAUGUUGUAAUGGCUUCAUAUUUUUUACAGUGAGAUGCUGCUAUUGGAAAGUUGACGCACUUGACGUGUGCCAUCAGCUGCAGUGGCUUAACGGUACGACAUUGCAGUUGGCACUUGUGUCCACUUGAUAUUAAUGGUGUUGAAUGGGAUGUUUAGAAAUACAACCACAAAAAAAAUCUAAUUAUGGUAUAUCUAUACAGUAGAACUGUGUAUAUAUGGUCUUGUGUCGCCAUAAUGGAGCAAAUGUGUAAUGUUUUGUGUCA